AUGUCUGACGACGACCUUUUCGCCCGCUUUGCUGCUCUCCGUGCCCCUGCUUCGGCUCCAUCUUCUCCGCCCCUGCAUACCGUCGAAGCUCGGAGGACGGUCGACGAGGUCGCCAAGAAAGCUCGAGAGGAAGAUGAGGAGCUCGAGAGAAUCGCUAGUGGAAUGCCUACUACCUCUUCUUUUGAUGUAAGAUCAGGGAAAGACGAGGAUGAUGAUGAGCUGGCCAGGCGGAUAGCAAGGCUGCGGGGCAAUGAGGCAGUGGAAGAUGAGGGAGAUAGCGGUGAGCAAGAUAUGGAAUCGUUUUUGAGAGAGAUAUCGGCAUCUCAACACUUACCCACGGCGAGCGAAGAGUCGGACGAACAGAUGAUUGCCCGCGCUUUUGCGAGUGUACGCCAAGACCGCCUGCGACCUCUCUCGCCAGCCAACGGCAGCGACAGUGGCCAGGAAUACGAUGGCCCUUCGGAGGAAGAAGUGAUCAGUCGAGCUUUGGAUGAAGCCAAGCUGGAUAAAGACAAAUGUCCCCCAUCACCAGAUAUAGGGGAGCAAGAGGAGAUACCCGGUCUUUCAUUUCCCUCGCUGCCGAGCCAUGUGCCACAAGAGGAAGAUGACACGGAUGGGGAAGCGAGACGCAGACUGGAGCUGCUUAUGGGCCUGGAACCUUCACCAGCCCAGGUCGGCAACAAGUCACAGCUCCCUAGCGUACCGAAGACGAAGCCGACGUACGACCUGCCCGGCUAUAAUAGUGCACGAGACGAGGACACGGAUACGUGGUGUUGUAUAUGCAGCAAGGAUGCGACGUUGCAGUGUAUUGACUGUGACGACGACCUCUACUGCGAAGAAUGCUGGAGAGAUGGGCACGGAGUCGCUGAAGGGCAGGAGAGGGGUCAUAGAGUGAAGCGAUUCAAUUGGGACGGUAAACGACCUGUCGCUGUAUAA